AUGUCGUCACAACCGCAACAAGAUGGAUCGUUGGUAAUGCAAGUGGACAGUUCAGAAUCAGACGGUGAACAACCAAGAUCUUCAGGACGUGGCCGCAGUAAAAGAGGAAGCGAAGGCAGAGGCAGAGGCAGGUCCGGAAGUGACUUGGGUUUCGCUGCCAACACGUACUCCAGAAGCUUCAGCAGCUUCAGUUUUAGAUCUGCAUCUUCUCUUGGCAGCGGCAAUUCGAAGAGAAAGGCAAGGGACGACGACGACGACGGUGGUGAUCGCGACGACGGUGUAAUUAUUGAUGAGGAUGCCGCUUCAGAUUCCAAUGCAUCCGCUUCGACUCAACAACAGACACAGGAGCUGUUGAGUGUGUGUUCCCAACAAAGAAGGCAGCUGACCUUCAAAGAUAAGAAACAGGAAAAGAUGGCUGCACUUAUCAGAAGCUUGAAACGCAAGAACUUACAGUUGGAGAAGGAAAACAAGAAGCUGAAAGACUCGCAUGAGGAGCAGUUUGCAAUCCAAAAGCUUGGCAAACAAAAAGAGGGCAAAGCAUCUCGUUACAGUCGUUCGUCUUGGUUUGCAGUUGCUCUGAGAAAGUGCAUGACAAAUGUUGCAGCAUGUGACUUUGGACUGGCGGCCAUGUCCGAUAUCUCUGGGAGCACGGUACUUCGUUCAGAAGUGCGGACUGCUGCAGGUUUGCUGCAUACUUUUCAUUCUUUCAUGGCAGAAGCUUUGGCCUUCGUGGUGUCAUGUCGUGGUGUUUCAGGGAGCGACAAUGUUUCAGAAGAGGACAGCAGUGAAGGUAAUAUUAUAGCUGCCGGAAUUCCAGAGCCUCUUGCCCGAAGCGAAGCCGAUGAAGCAGUUGCUGCCUUUGCACGUCUGUCCUCGCAAUGUGGUGCUAGUGGUGCUCGCACCCGGGAUCGGGCUCAGUGGUCAGUGGUGGCAUGUGGUUUCAGGAGUGAUCUGCAAGUUGUGCCGAGCCCAUGCACAGCACGUGAAGCAUUGGCUUUAACAGUCAGGCAUCUGAAAUCACUGGGAAUACCGUUUCCGCAUGACAUCGUUCGUUGCACGAUGGAGGGUCUGGUUUCUGCAGAAAACAGUUUCUUUAUCUAUGCAGACGUGACGGAUGCCGGCCCCGAUCAAUCCUUGCGACGGAAGCUCAUGCGGUGUGCACUAGCUGAUGUUCCACACGUCUUGUACCUGGACGGGAAUUGCUUGAUGCAUCAGUAUCAUCUCAUUGUCAAAGAGAGCUUAGUGCAUAUCGAUGCUUUUCUCCAUUCGUUACUGCGAGAACCCACGUUUGAUGCAUCCUGGUGUCGGGGUGGUGUCGGCUUCAGCAAGUACUUUGCAUCGAAUGCCAAGAUAGCACAUUAUUGGAGAGAAAGGGUGGAUGAGUUCAUCAAGAAGUAUGAAGCCAUACACGAAGGUGCCACAAUGUCCGGUGUUCAGUAUCGUCGCUAUCCGCUUCGGGUAGUGGGCGGACGAUGGGGUUCGAUCGACCAAGCUGAGCAUUUCUACUUGCAGCGAGGGAAAAAAAACUUGCAGCCAGUUCUCAUGUCGAUGCUUUCUUCGGCCAUGAAAGCCGACAAGAGUGGCAAGGUCGCUGAUGACGGCGGUCACGACGACGUGACGUGCUUACAGGACGACGACGAUGAGAAACAAUCCUAUCAAAUUCGUAUGUCCAAAUGGGCGAAAGGUGCAUUAGCUGCCAUCCAGUCCGAUCUUUACUGGGUUCUCCUUCGGGUAGCAAACCAAACAAGGGCGCCUCUCAGGCAUUUUUUUCAUUGGAUGCAGAAAUACACGGAUGACCAGCUCUUGCUUCGAUUGGUCACGAGCAAAGCAGAAGCGAUUCGCAAAGAGUUCGAUGGGCUCCUUGCUUCUUUCGACCAGUGGUUCGCCUCAGCAGUGCAAGAAGCCGAUGCGAAGUUUUCAGAUGAACUCAUGGCUUUAGUCAAGGACUUGGCCUUGAGGUUGGUUUUGGCGGGAGCCGGAAUUGCAGCCGAGAUUCUUUCCACGGCAGAUUCCGAUUUGGAAGCGAACACCCUGAAGAUCAAACAUAUCUGCCGUGCGGAGCUUGAGUUCAUUGCUAAAGAGUCGUACUUCGACCUGAAAGCGACUCCACAAGGAAGUCUUCUGUUUGCACUGAUGAAAUCAUUGUCAAGCGUUUGGCACGGAGAUACACAGCUGAUCGAGUCAGUGAACAGCCAGAUUCGCAUGCUGGGUCAGCGGUGCCCUCGCAUGGACUUGUUGGGCAUGAGCUCUAGAAUCAUUAUCAAGAAAACCAUGUCGCAGGUGGCUGGCAAAACGUCCAAAGGCCGAGCUGUGAAGAAGUGGAGCGACGUUCGACGAGCAGCUGGUCCUUUGCUUCAGGAACUCAACCAGAGUGGUAAUGGGUACAAACUAGUGCUGCAGGACAAGACAAGAUUUGACCCACAUGCCACCAAGGGCAUCGCAUGUAAAGACCUCCACCCAGCUCUUCAGAAUGUGGAUUUGGCAAAAGCCAUUCCAGACAGUAAGACAACGGAUGCCUCAAAAUUUGCUGCCGCUCAAGCACUCAAGUGGAAACGGGUUCGUGAGACCGCAUGCAAGCAGUUUUCCCUGGCGACACAGCAAACGAUGCUGUCGGUUAUAGUUCUGCAAGGCACUUCUCGUGGAUCGCUUUUGAACAAUCGUGAGGAUGAGUCAUGGUCAGAGCUUCCGUUGGCAUCGUACCGUCGGCUGGAUACAUCGUCCGCUUACCUUCAUGUGGCCGCACUUCGUACCAGAUACUUGCUAGUCGAGUUGGUCAUGAGCCCUGACCUCAUCUCAGUUGAUUGA